AUGUCUUCCGGAAAUGUUGUUGCUUUGCAUGGAAAAGAAACCAAUAGUGGUGAUUUUCUUGUUGAAGAUAUUCUUGAAGCUGGUUUACCACCACAGUUGGAUCUACCAACUAAAUCAGGAGAAGAUAAAUAUGUUGUCUUGGUAUCUGGAUUAAAUGUUGGAAGCAGUUCUUCUAAUCCACUUCAACUGCAGCUUCUUGUUGACCACAUUACUAGUCAUCUAGGAGACAAAAAGGAGCAACCAUCAGCAGCUGAAAUAGUUCAAGUGAUUGUUGCUGGAAAUUUUGUCCAAAUUGACCAUGGUCUUCUUAAUGGUCAGAAUUUGGUUUCCAAGGACCAAUCUAAGUUACAUGAGCCAAUCAAAGAACUUGAUAUCUUUUUGACUCAGAUAUCAUGCCAGGAUAGAACGACCCUACAAACUUUGCUCUCCCAUAGCAGGUCAUGCAUUAAUCCUCAUCUCUUUGAUGUGGGCAAUGUGAGGUUUCUUGGAAUAUCUGGUCAAAAUAUUGAUGAUCUUGAAAAAUAUUCAGAAGCAAAAGAUAAAUUGAAAUUCAUGGAAAGGACAUUGAGGUGGAGGCACCUAGCCCCAACUGCACCAAACACCCUUGGGUGUUACCUCUUCACUGAUACGGUCCCUUUCUUCAUUAAGAGCUGCCCUCAUGUUUACUUUGUUGGAUCGCAGGUGGUGACAGUCAUUUGCGUUCCGAAGUUUAGUGAGACGAGCAUUGCUGUUAUGGAAGAUCUAGAAACUUCCUAUAAGGAGGUGGAAACAACUAUAAAUAGGUGUGGAGCUUAUUUUCUCCAAACCAUCCAACAUCUAAGUAUCCAAGAAAGCCUCAGAGAAAGCAAAGUGUGUAGUAGUCUCACAAAGUAUAUUGAGAGCACAAUAAGUUGGCUGGAUUUAAAUUGA